CGGAGCGCCGAAGGGUAGAGCGGCUCAGCCCUCUGGUUUGGUGCACGUCGUAGGCCACUCUGGGCGCCGGGGUUCGCGUCUCACUGGCUCUCUGGGUUCCAGGAGCGGAUCCGGAGCAAGAGAGAGGAGAGCUCCGGGUCAAGGGCCGCUGCCGCCCGGACUCGGCCGCCAGCCCGCGCUCAGCGGGGCCGCCAGCCAGGGUUGGACCCAGUGUGGACCAUCAAAUCAAAACAGGAGGAGGCUUGUUCUCUCAUAGUUAACUCACAGUGGCUCCUCAGGUGCCUUCAGGAUGCCUGCGGCACUUGUGGAAAACAGUCAGGUCAUCUGUGAGGUGUGGGCCAGCAAUCUUGAGGAAGAGAUGCGGAAGAUCCGAGAGAUUGUCCUCAGCUACAGCUACAUCGCCAUGGACACAGAGUUUCCAGGUGUUGUGGUACGACCAAUUGGUGAAUUUCGAAGCUCCAUAGAUUACCAGUAUCAGCUUUUGCGGUGCAAUGUUGACCUUCUAAAAAUCAUCCAGCUGGGCCUUACAUUCACAAAUGAGAAGGGGGAGUACCCUUCUGGAAUCAACACGUGGCAGUUCAACUUCAAGUUCAACCUGACAGAGGAUAUGUACUCCCAGGAUUCCAUAGACCUCCUUGCAAACUCGGGGCUGCAGUUCCAGAAGCACGAGGAGGAAGGGAUUGACACACUGCACUUCGCGGAGCUGCUCAUGACGUCUGGAGUGGUUCUGUGUGACAAUGUCAAGUGGCUCUCAUUUCACAGUGGUUAUGAUUUUGGCUACAUGGUAAAGUUGCUUACAGAUUCUCGGCUGCCAGAAGAAGAGCAUGAGUUUUUUCACAUCCUGAAUCUUUUCUUCCCAUCCAUUUAUGAUGUGAAAUACUUGAUGAAGAGCUGCAAAAAUCUUAAGGGAGGCCUUCAGGAGGUGGCUGAUCAGUUGGAUUUGCAGAGGAUUGGAAGGCAGCAUCAAGCAGGCUCAGACUCUCUGCUGACAGGGAUGGCUUUCUUCAGGAUGAAAGAGCUAUUCUUUGAGGACAGUAUUGAUGAUGCCAAGUACUGUGGGCGCCUCUAUGGCCUGGGCACGGGAGUGGCCCAGAAGCAGAAUGAGGAUGUAGACUCUGCCCAGGAGAAGAUGAGCAUCUUGGCCAUGAUCAACAACAUGCAGCAGUGACAGUGUGUGCACCAUGCCGCCUGUGCCACCUGCCCCAGCUGUCGACCUGCGUCUGCUCCAAGCAGAGACUUUGGGUUUUGUUUAAAGAUGCCUGUAUUUUAGGUCCAGAAGGAGGGGUUUACUCUGAAUUUGUAAACAAGUCUUCCUUGUCCUCAUGCCCACGCCCCUCUGCUGCCUCCUGCCACCAGCAUCCAUGGCUCCAUGGACACCUUUUUAAAUCUCCAGGAUGUCUGAAACAAACCAGUAAAAUGUGUAUGACUCUUAUGCGUUGUCAUUUUUCUUCUUUGGCUUUGCUGCCCUGACGAAGAUGCUCACAUGAGUUGAGGUUGCCAGGGAACAAGGUUUGUGUUCUUGGGAAGCAGGUCUGUGUCAGCAGGCUUCCUGGCCUUGUCUCUGCUUCUGCAGGACAGUAGUCCUGACGUCACAGUAGACAAUGGCUCUUGCUGAAAUCUAGAGACAUUUCUGAAUCUGUCUCCUUUGGUGAGAUUAAGCUGGCAACUAGCCUCACCUUGUCACCUUAGUUUUCAGAUGUUGAACUGCCCUUGAGUGGAUCAUGCUCCCAGUCCAUCUUGUUCUCGGCAGGGUGGUCUCGAUCAGCUGUGUUCUCUUAGCCUCUGUCCCCUGCUUUUAUUCAGUAAGCCUGCGAUGUCAAGAUUAGGUAAAGCUGAGCUCUGGAACUGGAGUCUUAGAAAGGAGGAGGAGUCAUGUGUGAGCAGGGCAGCGUGGGCAUUCACCUCAGACCUUGUCAGCCAUUCCCACAGCUGUGCUCAGAACCCAGUGACUUUAAGGUUAGGCAUUUAUGAAGCAGUUUUUUAAAUGACUCCAGAAAGACAGACGGCAGCAGCUCACUUGAGUGGUCUUACAUUUUAAAAGCUUGUGGGAAAUUGAAUUUGAACUGAUUACAAAAUGUCAAGUAUGAAAGCUGGUAUUUAAGAUGCUUGUAAAUAUUAUUUAUGUUUUUAAUUUUGUAAAAUAAAGAUUGCUUUUUAACCAUUGG